AUGUCAGCCAAAACUUUCAUCGUCACUGGUGCCUCUAGAGGUAUUGGUCUCGCAAUUGCUAAGUUUCUCCUCACCGCACCUCAAUGCUACAACGUUAUUGUGAUUGCCCGCAGUUUCGAGCCCCUCCAGAAGCUGAAAGAUCAGUUCUCCAAGCAAGUUGAGGUGCUGAAUGGCGAUCUUGCGGAUUUGACUCUCGGCCAGAAGGCCGUCGAUCUGGCUCUGAAGUCUUUCGGGCGUCUCGAUGGAUUGGUUCUCAACCACGGCAUACUCAGCCAAGUGGGCAAGAUUGCCGAGGCGGAUCCGGAACAAUGGAAGCAGGGGUUUGAUGUCAACUUUAUCAGCUUGGUGGCCUUUAUCAAAGCUGGACUUCCUGCGCUUCGCCAAUCCAGGGGCAGGAUCAUUUUCACUUCGUCUGCGGCAGCCGUCUCGGCCUUCAGGGGAUGGGGUCUGUACGGCGCAAGCAAGGCUGCCAUGAACCACUUGGCCAUGAGCAUUGGAGAAGAAGAGCCCGACGUGACGGCCGUGUCAAUUCAACCGGGCUUGGUCGACACCGAAAUGCAGCGCGAGAUACGGGAAGAUCUCGCUACCACUCUGGACCCUCAGUUCCAUGCGAUGUUCACCACAGUCCACAAGGAAGGGGAAUUGCUGAAACCAGAACAGCCCGGUCAUGUCAUUGCAAAAUUGGUGAUUGAUGCGCCGAACUCAUUGACCGGCAAAUUCCUAUCGUGA